AUGAUUUCGCAUUUUUAUUUCACCGACCAUGAGUGCUUUUCGAGUGACCUAAGAACACGAUUCCAAAUUGGCGAUGAAGACAAACCAGAAGCUUUUAGAGGUGGCGACCUGGCGGUGGUGAAUUCUCUUUCUACAACAUCGGCGGCUCUGAGUUUUAUGACACCGGCGGUGGAGGAUUCUCUUUCUACAACACCGGCGGCUCUCAAUUUGAUUGAGAUGGUGAUGGGGAAGAACGGUCGUCUUUCAUUGGAAAUCGACGGCGGUGGGAGACACUCAGAAGGGUCGAAGAAGCAGCUGAUGAUGGAAGGUGUAGGAGUCACUGGUUCAGGUGAUGAUACAGGGUUAGGAGAUGAUGGUUUAGAUUGUACCGGGUUAGCAGGAACAACAACAGAAGUCGAAGAUGAUGGUUCAAAUGAUAUUGGGUCAGGAUUACACAAAUUACAUGGGGAAGUGGAUGAUUGGGCUUAG